AUGGCCCAGGAUCCGUCUCUGUGGGUCACAGGAACCUCCCUUGGUCUUCAGGCCCUUGUACCCAUCGUCAUCGGCUCUUACAAGUCGCUCAAAACACCAGAGGACACCAAGAGGAGGCUCAGAAAUGCCCAAAAGGGAAAAAUCCCAUUGGAAUCAGACGAAGAUGAAGACGAUGGUUUAGAGGAGCCAUUGACAUGGUGGGACUCGCUACUGUUUCCAGUCAUAGGAUCGGUGGUCUUGUUGGGCUUUUACGGGAUCGUCAAGUACUAUGGAACCGAAUGGCUGAAUCGGUUCAUGAACGCGUACUUCAGCAUAGCCGGUGUAUUCGCGAUACAGUCUACGUUCUCCACGAUAUUAUCCUUCCUGCUUAGCGCCCUUGGCGUCACGUCUACAAUCUACCAUGUCCGCGUGUCUUCGGGAUUCCGACAGAUUUUCCAUCUGCCCGUCACUCUCUCCUCUCUGUUCCUCAUCCCCGUCGCCAUCUCGAUCCCUGCGGCAUAUAUCUACUUUGGCAAGCCCUACAUCCUGUCAAAUAUCCUCGCUCUUAGCUUGUCCACUGAGACUCUGGGUCUCCUAAAGUUGGACUCUUUUGCAACAGGAUUCAUGCUGCUGGGAGCAUUGCUCGUAUACGAUGUCUUCUGGGUCUUUGCCACACCCGUCAUGGUCACCGUCGCUAAGACAAUCGACGCCCCUAUCAAAAUCCUCUCUCCCAAAACAUCCCCCUUCGCCUCCCCCACAAAGUUCUCCAUGCUCGGUCUGGGUGACAUUGUCGUCCCCGGCCUCAUCAUUGCUCUUUGUCUCAGAUAUGACCUCUACCGCUACGCGCAAGCUCACAAGGGUCAGAAUGUCACCCCCAAGAGCAAGUUUGGAAGGGGUUAUUUUAAUGUGGCGGUCUUGAGUUAUGUAUUGGGUUUGGGCGUUACUAUGGCUGCGAUGGGAUGGAGUGGACGGGCUCAGCCUGCGUUGCUCUAUUUGAGCCCUGCUUGUACCCUGGGGCCUCUUCUCUACGCCGCUGUCCGAGGAGAGCUCUCCCAACUCUGGGCAUACUCUGAAUCCUCAAAAACCCCCGAGGACCAGAAGCUUCUCGAUUCCACCAUCGAAGCCGCCUCCGAAGCCGCCAUCAAAGCCCGGGCUGAAGCCAAGGCUGCUGAGGCUGAGGCUACUGUCGCUGCCAAUGGGCUCGACGAGAAGGCGGAGCAGAAGGCGGAGGACGAUAGCUGGAUGAACGAUGGGGCUGGUGUUGGAACGUCAGAAGCAAAGCCGAAGAAGAAGAAAGGAGGCAAGAAGAAGUAG